AAAAAACCCUGAAAGAAGUUGUUGUUUUGACGUCAUAAUGAAUGCGCUGCAGCUCCGCUGUCUGUUGUGAUUCGGCUGAUUAAAGAUCUGCUGCUCCAUAACACACAACGGGUAUGAUUCACCUCUGCAGUGAAGCCUCUCCCAUAGCAAUUCAUCAAAAUUGCUGUGAUUAUUACAGUUAUCCUUCAAGUGAAUAAAUUAAGGUAGUAUAUGAAGAGGGACAAAUCCAAUUGUAACCACUGAAAUCUACUGAGAUACUACUGGAAAACAGAAGUUUGUUAAAGGGGAGUUUAAAGAGGAGAGUGAAGACAUGAGUGAUCCAGAACCACACAGAAUGAAAAAUGAAGAUACUGAGGAACAAAGAGUAAAAGAAGAAUGUCAACUGAAUGGCAUAGAGGAGAAACACCAUCCAUAUCAUCAAAGAACAAGAGGCAACUAUUAUUUUACCUGCUGUCUCUGUGGAAAGAGUUUUACACAAAAAGGAGACCUUAAGCGUCACAUCAGAAUUCAUACUGGAGAGAAGCCUUUCACCUGCUCUCAAUGUGGCAGGAGUUUCAGAGAGAGCGGAGUCUUUAAAUGUCACAUGAGAGUUCACACUGGAGAGAAGCCUUUCACAUGCCAUCAGUGUGGAAAGACCUUUACACAGAGAGGACAGCUUGAUGGUCACAUGAAAAUUCACACUGGAGAAAAGCCCUUCCCCUGCCCUCAAUGUGGAAAGAGUUUCAGAGAAAAGGGAAAUCUUAAGCGUCACAUGAGAAUUCACACUGGAGAGAAACCUUACAUCUGCUCUCAGUGUGGAAAGAGUUUCAAACAAGCAGGCAAUCUCACACUUCAUCUGCAAUCUCACUCUGGAUUAAGACCAUUUAAAUGUGAUCAGUGUGGAAAGACAUUUACGCAGACAUCACAUCUAAAGUUACACCUGACAACUCAUACAAAUGAGAAGCCUUACGUGUGUUCUUUUUGUGGAAAGAGUUUUUCUUACUCAGGACACCUGAAAUCACAUGAGAGAGUACAUACUGGAGAGAAGCCAUACCACUGCACUUCAUGUGAGAAGAGUUUCAGCCAAUCAAGUAAUCUAAAGACUCAUUUAAAAAAGGGUUGUCCAAAAUUGUCACUGGGAGCUUUGUUUCGAGUGAAAAAGAUAAGACCCAUGGCCUACUGGCAAACUAUUGCAAAAAUGAAGUUUGUUAAAGAGGAGUUUAAGGAGGAGAGUGAAGACAUGAGUCAUCCAGAGCCACACAGAAUUAAAAAUGAAGAUCCUGAGGAACAAAAAGACUUGAUAAAAGUAAAAGAAGAAAGUCAAGAGCUGAAUGACGCAGAGGAGAAACACCAUCAGUAUCAUACAUUUGAUCAUUUCGUGACUGGUGAAGAAUCUCUUAGUGGCUCAAAGACUGAAAAGAAUUUCACACCGAAAAGAUCUCAAAGAACAAGAGCCAAAAAUUACUUCACCUGCUGUCACUGUGGAAAGAGUUUCAUAAAAAAAAUAUACUUUAACACUCACUUAAGAAUUCACUCUGAAGAGAAGCCCUACACCUGCCAUCAAUGUGGUAAGAGUUUCAAAUAUAAAGGAAAUCUUCAGCGUCAUGUAAGAAUUCACACUGGAGAGAAGCCUUUCAAAUGUCUUCAGUGUAGAAAGAGUUUCACACAAGCAGGCCAUCUCACAGUUCAUCUGCGCUAUCACUCUGGAUUAAGGCAAUUUAACUGUGAACAGUGUGGCAAGACAUUUACACGGAAAUCACAUCUAAUGGUACACAUGACAACUCAUACUAAUGAGAAGCCUUGCGUGUGUUCUUUUUGUGGAAAGAGUUUUUCUCACUCAGGUCACCUGAAAACACAUGAGAGAGUGCAUACUGGAGAGAAGCCAUACCACUGCACUUCAUGUGGGAAAAGUUUCACAAAGAGAGGUAAUCUAGAUGUUCACAUGAAAAUUCACUCUGGACAGAAGCCCUUCACCUGCCAUCAGUGUGGAAAGAGUUUCAGAGAGAAAGGAGGUCUUCAGCGUCACAUGAGAAUUCACACUGGAGAGAAGCCUUUCACCUGCUCUCAGUGUGGAAAGAGUUUCACACAAGUAGGCCAUCUCACACUUCAUCUGCAAUAUCAUUCUGGAUUAAGACCAUUUAACUGUGAUGAGUGUGGAAAGACAUUUAUGCGUGCAUCACAUCUAAAGUUACACCUGGCAACACACACAAAUGUGAAGCCUUAUGUGUGUUCUUUUUGUGGAAAGAGUUUUGCUCGCUCAGGACACCUGAAAGUACAUGAGAGAGUGCAUACUGGAGAGAAGCCAUACCACUGCACUUCAUGUGGGAAGAGUUUCAGCCAAUCGCGUAGUCUAAAGACUCAUUUAAAAAAGUGUUGCCUUAAGUUAUCAUUGUGAGAAAAGUUACACUUAUGUAUUUAAUAACACAACUAUAGUUAAAAAGUCAUAAAUUCAUUUUAAAAACAUAAAAGAACCAUAAACGUUAGGAACAGGAAAAAAGCAUACAUUGCUAAUAGCUAUCUUAAUUUGUAUUUUUGUCUUUUUACAGUAAAAUAUUGUCUAGGUUACUGUUGUAACCCCCGUUCCCUGAUGGAGGGAAUGAGACUUUGUGUCGAUGUAGUGACACAAGGGUCUCUCUUGAGAGCCUUGGUUGCCUCUGAACUUUGAGAUAAGGCCAAUGACAAAUUGGCGAACAGAAUUUGCAUGCCCCUCCCCCUGAUAUACGGGUAUAAAGGAGGGCGCAUUCGGCUGUUCAUUCAGGUUUUGCACUGAGGAGCCGAGAAUAAGGUUCAGCCGUUACAGCGGUUGGUACAGUGUUGUGGCAAGAAGGACACACGGGUCCACUGACAGGGGGACCGUACUGUGGAAAAUACGACACGGGGUUACCGUGAUAACUGACACCUGUGGAGCACCUAAACCAGUACAGAGUAAUUAAUAUCCGUAGUGGGUCUGGUCGGGAAUUCCUCUGCCAAAUUUGGGAGGCAGAGGGCUAGGGAGGAAGGACAUCCAGGGAGUGCAAGUUUGUGAACUCGCCUGGGAGUAAGAGCGCACGUGUUUGCCUCAGUGGAGGGGAAAGGCGCUAUGCGCAAGCUGUACACCUGGUCAGCUGUUCCGUAUUACCGAAUUCUACAUGCUUGGACCUGACAAAACACGGGACAAGACUGACUCAACCCGGAGAUUAUAGAAUCUUGCAAAGGUAUUGGGUGUUGCCCAGCCUGCCACUCUAGAUGUCUGCUAGAGAGGUGCUAUUGACCAGUGCCCACAAGGAUGCCACACUCCUCGUAGAGUGUGCUCAAACCCGCAAGGGGGCGGGCACGGCCUGGGUCUGAGGCCAAUGCAAUGGUGUCGACGACCCAGUUGGCAAGCCUCUGUUUAGAGACAGCAUUCCCUUUCUGCUGUCCGCCAAAGCAAACAAAGACAUAGCCCGGUCUGGGUCUUAGGAUGACAUGAGCAUCUGCCAGACUGAACUCCAGGCAAGAGUCGCUGAAGAGAACGCUUGCAGGUCCCAACCCUCUUGAUGUAAGCGAGCGCAAUCACAAGGUCCGUCUUCAGGUAGAGGGCUUUUAGCUCAACUGACUUUAGUGGCUUGAAGGGGGCUCUCUGAAGGCCCACAAGGACCACGGAGAUAUCUCAUUAGGGGAAGAGGCAUGACCUGUGAGGAUUCAACCUCCAGGUGCCUCUAAGGAACCUGAUGAUCAAGUUGCGCUUCCCUAAGGAUGGUAAUCCACUGCAUCAUGGUGAGCCGAUAUAGCGGCUACAUACACCUUCAAGAUGGAGGGGGACAGCCGCCCCUCCAACCUCUCCUGCAGGAAUGAGAGCACUGAUCCGACUGUGCACCUCUGUGGGUCUUCUGAUUGGAAAGAGCACCAGUUUGUGAACAGAUGCCACUUUAGGGUGUAAAGCUGCCUGAAAGAGGCUCCUCUGGCUUGGUUGAUCGUUUCUAAUACAGCUGGUGGUAGGCCACUUAUCCCUUCCAAGGGCAAGACGUGGAGGUUCCAGAGGUCUAGGCGUGGAUGUCAGAAGGUGACUGAACCUGAGAAAGAAGGUCCAUCCUCAGGGGAAUCCGCCAGGGAGGUGCUGCCGUGAGGAACAUGAGGUCCGAGAGCCAAGUUUGAGUGGGCCAGUAAAGAGCCACUAAAAUGACUUGUUCCUCAUCCUCCAUGACCUUGCACAGCACCUUUGCAAGUAGGCUCACUUGGGGAAACACGUAUUUGCACAGGGAGGACUUUGUACUGAUACGCCUAGCCCUCAAACGCGAACCGUAGGAAGGGUCUGUGUCAGGGCAAGAUCGAGACGUGGAAGUACAUGUCCUUCAUGUCUAUCGCUGCUAACCAAUGCUAAUCUUGAUGCAGAACGCAUGUUAGAAUAUGUCUCUGUGUGAGCAUCUUGAACGGGAGUUUGUGUAAGGCCCGGUUGAAAACUCGCAGGUCCAAGAUUGGAUGCAACCCACCAACUUUUUUGGGUUUGAUGAAGUAAGGGCUGUUGAAACCCUUCUUCAUCUCGGCUGGAGAGACAGGCUCUAUUGCGUUCUUGUGUAAAAGAGUUGCGAUUUCCGCCCGCAGGGUGUUGGCGUUCUUGCUGUGCACCGAAGUGAAGAGGAUGCCUCUGAAACGGGGCGGGUGCCUGGCGAGCUAAAUUGCGUAGCUGAGUCAGAUGGUCCUCGCUUGCCACGCGCGAGGGGCACUAAGGGGAUGACCACAUUUGACGUACCCAGUGGCCUUGAACUUCGCGGCGGGGGGAGCAGGUAGUAUUGCGUUGGGAGGCAAGGUUGUCUCCCUUGACAUUCGUGCUGAGGAAAGGCUCAAAGCACUUACCUUGCUCUGCGUACCUGGCAUAGGGCGGGUUGGUGACUGAAGAGGAGGUCCUGUGGAGACGUCCUCUGGACUCAUCAGAACAGGCCGGCCGUGGGUCUGUACGUGAUACAGUCGCGGGCGUGGAGGCGAAUGGUCCGCAUCCAAGGUACCAUGCUCCAUGAGAACGCCGUAUGUGUGCACCGGCUAGGUGACCCAAGAAAUGAGGAAAUCGCUCUUUUAUUGACAAUGUGGGUACCUUAGCCUGAAAGGGGUGUGGCAAAGGAAAAGAAGGAUGCCAAGGAUUUUCCACCCGGCCCUCCACUGGGGGAUGGAGUGGUCUGUCUACCAGCUCCACGGUGAACAUUUAGUUCCUCGGUUCAUCCGUCUCAGGAACGCUUGGGAGCCUUCCAGGUCCUCGAUGAUGUUCGAGUGAUGGGGGGCUUCCACUUCCAUCUGGACGAUCUACGCGGGGGCUGAGACCUGGGCCCAGGUUGAGAUGGAGCUGCCUGUUGUCUUGCAGCCGCAGGGGGACGUCCUCGGCGCGCUGUGACCUUCGUGGCCCGGAGAGCGAGGUCAGUUGCUGAGCGCAGUUCCUGCAGCACAUCAGGAUUACCCAAGUGCAGAUCGUUUAGUGCCUUGGCUUGGUGGACUUGCAGGAGGGCCUUGUCAUGCAGGGCGGAGGCGCCUGUCCGAUGGCACUGUAGGCUUUUGCACCGAAAAGAGACAACGUCUUCCUACAGGCCUUGGAGGGGAGUGCUGGGCAAUUACGCCAGGUGGCCGCAUUAACCGCUUUGUCCACCUGGGGGAUCUCCAUGUACCUGUGGGCCGCUUCGGGCAGUUUUGGGUAGUAAAAGGUGCCCUCCAUGUGUACUCUUUUAGAGAAAAUACUCUUUUAGAGGUUAUUUGCUCUUUAGAAGCUGUCAAAGCACCCAGGGGCGUAGACUACACUGGCGUGUAGAGAAAAGCCGCUGGUAACGAGCCAUAAGAUCCAACAGCAAAGCUCUGUAGAGGUGAGUGGAGCAGAAGUGGAAAUGUCAGCUUGUUGAACACACAACAUGAAAAAAAAAUCGGAAUGAACAGCCGUAUUGUGCCCUCCUUUAUACCCAUAUGUUCGGGGGAAUGGCAUGCAAAUUCUGUUCGCCAAUUUUUCAUUGGCCUUUUCUCAAAGUUCAGAGGCAACCGAGGCUCUCAAGAGAGACACCUAGUGUCACUACAUCGACACAACAUUGGGUGAGUGACAGAAGGGGAACUAAACAUUCUUUAAGCAAGAUAAAUUUACUUAACAAGCAAAAUGGCGUAAGAUAUUAAAUCUUCUUUUGGGAGAAAUCGAACUGAAUUCAGUGAGUUUUAAGUCUAAAACAAGAAAAAAAAUAUUUGCCAAUGGGGUAAAAAAAAUAAACUUAAAGGGAAAAUGUAUUUUUCUUACAGCAUUGUAAGAUUUUUUUUUCUUGUUUUAAGCAUAAAUUUAACUAAAUUUUGUCAGAUUUCACUUAAUUUAUUUAGCCAUUUUGUUUUUUAACUAAUUAUAUCAUGUUUUAUAAAUGCUUAGAUGUUUUUUCUUAGAAACAACACAAAAUAAACUAAAUAUGUGCUGUUUAUAAAUGAUCAUAACCUUGUAUAACAGGUUAUGUAUAACAUUAGAAUGACAUAAUUUAUCUUAAGCAUUUAACAUAAAAGAGUGAAAUCAAAUUGGGGUUCAAUUCAUGCAUUAUUCCUUUGUCACAAUUGAAUUGAUAUUGGUCAACAUGAUAUGAUAAACCUUCUGAUAACAUAAAAUGAAUGCACUGUUUAUACCUGGUAUUAUUACACGGUGCUCUGGAAUACUCUUUUCUGAUUGGUCAAUGUUGUUGUCAACUACACUUGGAUUAAGACAUAUCAGACCGAUCAUUCAGCCAUUAAAAAUUAUCUUUCCUGCUUUUAGGAUCACUUUGUGUAAUCACCCUGUCAGGGUUUAUUUUGCGAUAACAACUGGAUGACUGCACAUUAUCCCUUACUUAACAUGCAUUUUGGUCAAUCAAAUAACAAGUGGUCAAGUGAGACACAUUAACGUUUACACCUGGUAUUUAAAGGUGUCUCAUUUGUCCACUUGUGAAGCAUUUCUAAGAAGGGAGGGUGUAUUGGCAGGUCUCUGAUUGUGUCACUACAUAAUGAAAGAAGGACAGUCAAAAACAGCAUAGUGAAUGGUAAAGUAAAUGGAAAAGUAGACUAAGGAAAAGAUAGUAUUACAGAUGCCUUUAAUUUCGCUUUGAUAUCCGCUAGACCACACAGAAUGUUUUGGGUGAUUGGUUUAAAUGUGAUUUAAUGUAAAUAUACUGUCUGCAUGUGCUGUGUACUGCAAAGUGAAUGUGUGAAGCACGCACAUAUGCUGAAAAGUCCACAUUUUAUGUGCAUCGCACGCUGAUCUUAUUGAAGGAAAAACAGAGCGCUCAUUCACUGUGACAAGCGCAGCACCUGCAGACUAUAUAUUUAUAUAAUUAAAUAGCAAAAAUCCCAUUGGCUCAUAUAUAACCAGCAUUUUAUCUGAAAGUGUAAAACUACCAUCAAAACACAGAACCAGAAAUGCCUUCACGUCAAAAUAAAAGCUUGAUGCCUGAAAUUUAAGAAAUUGUAACAGAUAUAUUACAAGUGUUUAGUGAAAUGCUGUUGUAUUAGCAUUUCACUAGAGCAUAGUUUUAGAUCAUGUUGUGAGGAUUUUUACUAAAGCACUUCAUUAAAAGAUGUAAUUGAUUUGUUGGAUUCAUUUGAUUAGACACAAUUUUGAUUUUGAAAUGUAAUUAAGCUUUUAAACAUGGAAUUUGGUACAAAACUGAAAAAAUAAAACUGCAUGCAGUCCUACUUAAAACUUGUAAAAACUUGAAGCAAUGUUUACUUAAUUGAGAAACACUUGAUGGAAACGUGCUAUAGUUUUAUCUAAUUAUAUAAAUUGAAAUUUUACAUUUUAAUAGCCUAAAGCGGUGUGUUCAAUAUCAUAUUACCUAUUUUUUCUGUGGUUUUUAAAUUAGUUUUGAGAAUCUUGAAAUUUUACUGAUAUCUGUAACCACAACAGAAAGUAUCAUGACAACACUACUCUCAACUCUCUCUUGCUUCCUGUCUUUUGGUCUACUUCACCCAGGAGGUACGCAUACUGGUUUAUGCGUAUCUAUAUAUUUAAUGUAUACAGUUUAUAACUACUUCAUCUAAAUUAUAACCAUCUGAUGUAACUGUUCAUUAACUGUUAUUAAACAUUA